UUUUUUUUUUUUUUUUUGCUUGAAUCAGUUUUGGUGGUCUCAGCCUGAGCUCAAAGCAUCACAAAAAACAGGACCCAAAAAUCUUCACUUCUCAGACCAAAACUAAGAUUUCUAUCAACAAGCAUGGAAACCUCUUCAGUUCUGUCACUCUCUCAGCUCUCUUUUUUCUUACCAAAACCUUACAGGAACAAAGCUUAUCCUUCUUGGUCAUGCAAGAAACCAAGAACCACUCAACCAACUCGCUUGUACUGCCAAAAGAUGUAUGUCCCUGGAUUUGGAGAAGCAUCACCAGAGAAAAAGGCAGCAAAAAACCUGCAUGAUUUCUUCACUUACAUUGCUGUUAGAAUUGUCACUGCACAGCUAGAGAGCUAUAGCCCCGAAGCAUAUGAAGAGUUGAUGGAGUUUUUGAGUAGGCAUUCCUUGAAUGAUGGAGACAAAUUUUGUGCUGAACUGAUGAGGGAAUCUUCUAGGCAUAAGGGUUUGGCUAUGCGAAUCUUAGAGGUUCGAUCUGCGUACUGUAAGAAUGAUUUUGAGUGGGACAACUUGAAGAGAUUAUCAGUGAAGAUGGUUGAUGAAUCAAACACAAGCCUCAUGAGAGAUUAUGUUGUCGAAACAAGCCCCACUAAAGAAAGUGAGAAGUGAUCAAUCUAUAUGCACCAGUUGUUGUAUCUGUCUGAAUCCAUCCAGUGUUCUGCCCUGAUUACACCAUAUUCCUAUGUUAUGCAAUAGAAAUAUCCUUCUGAUAUGAGCUAUGAUAGCCAUUCGAAUGGUUACGGUUCCAAAGUUCGGUUCCAAAGUUCGAUCGCAGGCGUUGGAGACCAAAUUAUUGUAAUAUAUGAACACGAGUUAAUUGAUGAAGAUUACGCUAGAUAUCUUUUUAAUGUAAUGCUUUCUAGUAUUCAA